UGUGUUGAACAUGGCGCGGCCCAUUAGCUCGGCAAGUGGUUUUCCUUUCCACGACUGGUGCGUGCAAAUUGCGUAAGACGCUCAAACAAGACGUUACACAACGAUGACAAGCACUACUGUACCGAAGUACUGAUAAUUCUGAAAUGUUACAUCACGUGUACCUCGCACCUAACGAUCUGUGGAAGUAAACACAAACUUUGAGUUCGUUCUGUUCUGUUCGGAACCUGAGAUCGGUCACAUACUUUUGGACAAAUGUCAGUGUUUGUUAAACUAGGUAGUUUAGUGAAUUUUAGGAAACAGCAUUUAAUUUACUUCGCUCAUCGUGCAAGAUCAAGACGAUACUGCUAUGACACAAAGAUUACUUUAGGAGAUGUGUCAAUGAAGACUAAUAAGCCUAAAGAUGCGGGCCUUGUUCCAACGAAAUUCUUGGAAGAAUCUCCAGCACAAUCCGUUCUUGAACACUUGAGAUGGAUCAUGCAAAAAGAUAUACUAGGUCAGGAUAUAUUUCUCAUUGGCGUUCCCGGACCAUACCGUCGCAGAAUUGCCCUGCAAUAUUUAGAGCUAACACAACGAGAAGUCGAGUAUGUGUCAUUGACUCGAGAUACGACUGAGAGUGAUUUGAAACAAAGACGGGAGAUUAGUAAUGGAGUGUCACAUUACAUAGACCAGGCUGCUGUGAAGGCUGCAGUUGAGGGCCGUGUACUGGUUCUUGAAGGAGUGGAAAAGGCCGAGCGUAAUGUUCUGCCUGUUCUCAACAACCUGCUAGAAAAUCGUGAGAUGCAGUUAGACGAUGGACGAUUUCUAGUUAGCCCAACACGAUAUGACAAGCUUCUUGAGAACUUUUCCAGAGAAACUCUCGAUGAAUGGAAGCUGGUCAGGGUGUCUGAAAAUUUCAGAGUUUUUGCCCUGGGCACAUCUGUGCCUCCGUAUCGAGGCAACCCCUUAGACCCACCCUUCAGAUCUCGCUUCCAAGCACGAGAUAUCAGAAAUGCUGCCUAUCAGGAACAAGCUCGUAGCCUAAUGGAUCACUGCAGCAAAACUGAAGCAAAAAGGCUCUCCGACAUUCUGUCAUUUGCCCACUCACUCUUGGCCAGUAAAUCAUCUGCCCUGACCCUGCCCGACUUCCCCAUCGAUAAUUUGGAUGCAGCUGUUGCACUUAUGGAAAAAUUUCCUUCACUGCCCUUUCCGUCUGUGCUCUCACGGAUAUAUCCUGAAGAAAUACUCACAAAGGAAGGCAAAAAGGCUGUAACUGAAGCACUCAGUAUGUUCUCUUUAAGUGACAGUGACAACGCUGCUUCUAAGAUUGCCCGCAUUGAUGCAGCGUCAAGCAAUAAACGUAACGUGGUACUUUCUGUCGCAGGAAUACCUCAUUCCAUUGAGGUGGCUAGUGGUUCUUCAGUUAAAGAUCCAGAAUCUACCUCAGCAUUUGUCAUUACUCCUCAUCAUGAAAGACUGCUAGCAGAAAUGGUGCAGUCACAUUCUCUGCACGAUGUGUGCGUCAUCGGUUCUAAGGGGUGCGGCAAGUCGGCAGUGGCCAAGCAGUUUGCAGAUUUGCUUGGCUAUGAACAUGAGUUGCUCCUUCUGUAUCAAGACAUGGGCAGCCGUGACCUGCUGCAGCAGAGGACGACAUUACCAAAUGGAGACACAACGUGGACAGAAACGCCUCUUGUUACGGCAGCUUUGGAAGGAAAGCUGGCAGUAUUAGAUGGGAUUCACAGGCUUCAUCCCAGCACACUAUUGCAACUUCAGAGGUUAGUGCAGGACAGAGAACUACAGUUAUUUGAUGGAAAGCGUCUCUUGAGGCACGAUCGCUAUGAUUCCAUUAAGUCAUCUUCUGGUCUAUCUGAUCAAGAUAUGGAAAGCAGGAAAUUGUAUCGAAUUCAUCCCUCAUUUCGUAUCAUUGCACUGGCAGAACCGACUUCCGCUGGGCAUAAGUUGAAGCAGGAGAAAUGGUUGACACCAGAAGUAUUGCCCAUGUUCUUUUUUCAUUCAAUGAGGGGUAUGACACUGGCUGAAGAAAAAGCUAUCAUAGAAAAAAUGGUUGGAAAAUUUGGGGCAAACAUGGCUACUGUUCUGAAAGUGGCUCAUGAACUUAGAAAGUCAGACGAUGCCACAUUGCAGUCCAUAGCGGGCUCUCUGUCCAUGAGGCAGCUUCUUCGUAUUGCUCGUCGCUUUCACAAGUACCCCGAUAUAUCUCCUGUUAAUGCUAUCUACAAGGCCUGCCUUGCGCGGUUCCUUCCGCCGCUAGCCAAGCAGAGCCUCGACCGCGUUCUAACUAACGCCGGCCUUCCUCUGGAAAGCGGGCUUCCUCCAACUGACACAGUAAGGUGCGAAGUAAAAGACAGCACAGUGUACAUUGGAAACACAAAGAUUGAUGUGUACCAGACUGGUGGCAGUCAGGUCAAGGUUCCUGACACACUGUUUUACGACAACCAGCAGCAUGCUCGAAUUCUGGAAGCUAUGCUCCAGGAUUUUCUACUCGGAGAGCACCUCCUUCUGGUUGGGAACCAAGGAGUGGGGAAGAAUAAGAUUGUGGACAGGUUUCUUCAUCUUUUAAAUUGCCCCAGAGAAUAUGUUCAGUUGCAUCGAGAUACAUCAGUUCAGUCACUGACUUUGCAACCUACUGUGAAGGAUGGUGUCAUUACCUACGAAGAUUCUCCCUUGGUACGCGCAGUUCAGAAUGGCCACGUGCUGGUAGUGGACGAGGCAGACAAAGCCCCGACUCAUGUCACAUGUGUCCUGAAGGCACUUGUGGAAUCAUCGGAAAUGUUGCUGGCUGAUGGCCGAAGAAUUGUUCAUUACUCAGAUGCAGCAAAAUCUAAGCCAAACUCAGUGGUGAUGCAUCCUAAUUUUAGAAUGAUCGUACUGGCAAAUCGACCAGGUUUUCCAUUCCUUGGAAAUGACUUCUUUGGCUCUCUUGGGGACAUUUUUAGCUGCCAUGCAAUUGACAAUCCUUUACGGGAGUCCGAAAUGGCACUUUUGAAGCAGUACGGCCCAUCGGUGCCAAAAGAAAUGGUCGAAAAGCUGUUGGACAUUUUUGGUGACCUCAGGAGCCUUGCAGAUGAAGGGCUCAUCACAUAUCCAUUCUCUACUAGGGAAGUUGUCAAUAUUGUAAAGCAUCUUGAGGCAUUUCCCAAUGAUGGUAUCACCUCUGUGUUAAAGAAUGUGUUUGAUUUUGACUCAUACAACAAGGAGAACAGAAAGCUCUUGCUGUCUGUGCUUCACAAGCAUGGAAUACCUGUUGAUGCUAGUCCAGAAAAUGUGCAACUUGCAAGAAUAUUUGAAUUGCCUUCUCCUGUGUGGAUAGGUAAUUGGUCUGUUGGUAAAGAAACAUGCAGGUUAGACUGCUCUGUUGAGAUGCAAGAUGUACAUAUCAAGAGCCCUGUAGGCUUGCCAAAAAUUACGGCUGACCUUGAAAAGACAGAAGCAAGGUCACUCCACUUUUCGGAGCUGCAGUGCUACUGGUCUUUGCCAUAUGGUUCCAGUGGCUCAACUCUAGACAUGACAAUAUCAACCAGUCAAGAUGGCAAGGCAGAAAAUGACAUGGUGCAUGUUGCAGCAAGUUAUCCUCUGGGAAUAUUUAGCUUUAGUCCAAAGCACACAGUGUCAAGCUUUUUGCAGCUACAGCGUUGUUUCCCACCUGGAUAUUCAGCUUCAUCUAUUAGACUUGCAGCGCUUGGUGGAUCCUUGCAUGGAUGUCUUGCUGUGCAUGAGUCUUUGACGAAUACACUGCUUUUAAUUGAUCCGGAAACGGGGGAUGCUAGCAGCGUUGGCUUUGGAUCCCUUGUACAGAAAGCUGCUGAAAAGUUUGCGAGGUCCUUGUACAAUCCCAGCCUUCCAUCUGUGCUCUGCAAAGAUUUGAGUGCGAAGUCUCUAAUUGUUAUUUAUCAGCCUGGAAGGAACAGCUUCCAUGUACUUGAUGUGGAACAGCGAUAUGCUCUGAACUGGAAACUCCCAGUAUCGAUAGACCAACUCUUUAUGGCAGAUGAAUCCAACUGCAUUGUAGUAGCAGGUGACACCAAGAGAAAGUACCUACUGACCUGGGAUGAGAAAGACCAACUAAAAAGCCAUAGUUUCUCACCUAUUACCGAAGAACCUGCUGACAAAUCAACAGUGUAUGAACCACGACAGGUGUAUAAGGCAGCGGUGGAUAAUCUUCCACUUGGAACCUUGGGUAGAAUAACUGGACCUGCUGUUGAUGCAAAUCAGGCAAAGGUUCUGAUGACCGAACAGGACUUUGCAAGCGUUGCUGUGGGGUUCCCAAGCGCAACUAAUGACUGGAAGGUUUACAGCUUUUCACGAUCAGAGGUUCCUUGGGGUGAGUGCACAAUCGAGCACUCGUACAAGGAGCCCACAACUCUUACCAUGGCACACUCUACUGUUCUUGUCACUUCGAAACCCACCAUAUGUGUACCCAAGGAAGCUUGGCCUUCAGAGGGGCCACCCGAAAAUUCCACUGGCUGCUUGGAAGUUGUAAAUCUCAGUGAUCAAAGUGUCUGUUAUGUACCAGUGCCUGUGUCACGGGGAAUACCCAAUUUCCUGCGAGACGACUCGGAUAUUCAAUUUGUCAUGGACGUUGGCAGCCAGGACACACUAGUGACUGUUGAUAAUAAUGGAUGUGUCAGAUCUUGGGAGCUGACUCCCCAAAAAUUGAAAAACUCAUUGUCAGAGUGGCAGAAGAUGAUAGGUACUGGCCAAAGGUUGGAGCUAAAGGUAGAAAAGAAGGGAGAGGUGAAGGGUCCCAAGCAUGGCAAGGAGGAUCCUGAAAAUGCACCUCACGUUGGUGGCAACACUUGGGCUGGUGGGACAGGAGGGAGAGACACAGCAGGAUUAGGAGGCAUUGGUGGUCCAUAUCGUCUGGAUAAGGGGCAUCAAGUGCACCAACUUUCUGACAUAGAAAAACAAUCUGUCCCACCUGAGGUUCUAAAGGCAGCUCAUGAAAUGGCUCAGAAGGCACUCAAAGACAGACUAGCAGAAAUCCAGAUGAGUGAGCACGAUGCUGCACUUUAUCAGCAGCUGUCUGACCCUGUGAAAAGACAAGUUCAGCUCCUGCGGGUCAUCUUGGACAGUUUACAGGCAACAAGCCAAGAGAGGCAGUGGUUAAAGCAUCAAACUUCGGGGGAACUGGACGAUUCUAAGCUUAUCGAGAGCAUAACAGGAGAGAAAGCCAUUUACCGCAGAAGAGGGGAGCAAGAGCCGGAGGUGGGAAGUCCACAAACAAAACCCAAGCGCCUUCGACUUGUGGUGGACGUGAGUGGUAGUAUGUAUCGUUUCAACGGUUAUGAUUCCCGCUUGCAACGAGAAAUGGAAGCUGUGCUCAUGGCUAUGGAGGCACUGCAGGGAUUCCAGAACAAAUUUGUGUACGAUAUUCUAGGACAUUCUGGAGAAGAGAGCCAUCUCGAAUUUGUGAAAGCCGACAGACCUCCUCUGAAUGACAAAGAGAGGUUAAAAGUGCUGCAGGAAAUGCAUGCCCACUCUCAGUUCUGUCUCAGCGGCGAUAACACACUAGCUGCUACUCAAGAAGCCAUUGACACUGUUGUCCAAGACGACUGCGAGGAACAUUUUGUCAUUGUGCUCAGUGACGCCAACUUGGACCGGUACGCCAUCUCGCCCAAAAAGUUUGCGGACAUUCUGACGUCAAACCCCGAGGUGGAUGCCUUCGCGGUUUUCAUUGGCUCUCUCGGUGACCAGGCUGUGAGGCUGCAGCGCCGCCUACCUUCUGGAAGGACUUUUGUUUGCAUGGACACAGCUGACCUGCCCCAGAUUCUGCAGCAGAUCUUCACGUCGAGUCUACUGCGUUCCGCCUCAUGAUUUUGUCUGUUACAGUAGGAAAUAUCACAUGACGACCGGUGGAGUAAGGGAAAAACACGGGGGCAACAGCAAUAUUUUAAGUUUUAUUACGCGCAGCGGAAGUUGACUGCGGCGAAUGAUUCUACAACUUACUUUUAUAUAGUUAUAUUUUGUUAUAAUAAAAAUGUUAAAUUUGU